UAGAUAUUUGUCUCGACGUCCAGGCUGUCUAACAAUUUCUCUUGCAAAGAAAUCGCGGCUCUUCAACUCUGCGGUGCUGCACCCUCUGUGGCUUCUCUACGAGCAACAGCAGGGUGUCCGCUGAGCCGUGAAAAGAACUCGCCCUGCUUUUCUCUACUCGCUCUCUUCCUUGGGGCCAUCGGCGAGAAUAGGAGCUGUGUAUCGUCUCUCCCUGGUCUACAGCGAGAGAAGUGUGCCUUUCUUUCUCCGCUGUGCUUUUCUCCCUCGAACUCGCUUCAAGCAUGUCUCUGCGGCAAGUCCAGAAACUCAGAGAGACGCGCGAAGGCGCUGCUGCUCUGCGCGGGGAUCCUCCACGGGAACAGCUCCUUUCAACCUCCACUGACUCCUCAGACGAAGAGACCCUGCGCGCCUCGUUCUCCCUGUCUCGAAACAGACCGAAGUCUGCGUUCCUUGUCGCUGCAGGACACAGCGAAGGAGACAGCGAAAGCGAGGGCGAACAAGCAAAGAGCUCUGAGGAGGCAGAGUCAGGAAAUCGACGAGACGAGAACGGGGAGACAGCAGCAGGAGACGGUGUAGGACAGACCCAGACAGCAGAGAGCGAUGAGGAGGUCGCGAGUGGCGAGGUGGAAGAGACGUCUCUGUCAGGGAGGAAGAAGGCGACUGUUUCUGGAAAAAAGAAACGCAAAAAGAAGUUUUCCGCAUCUUCCUCACGAGCGCCAGGCGCCGAAGCCGCACCAACAGACUCUCAGGGUGUGGCGAAGCAGGAUGAAGGGUCGCAGGACUUUGACGUCCUGCGGACCUUUGCAGCAGGGGAAGAGACGCCCGGAGAAUCCUCAGACCCCCACAAACCGGGGGGUGGAAGCCGGUAUUGCCUCACCAUGGAGCGUUCCAUGUUCGACAUAGACGUGGAGUUGAAGCGAAUUUUCGGUCGUGAAGUCGCUCGAAACCUCGCCGGCAACUCGAGACCCAACUCUCGGCGUGGGGGCGCUGCGGGGCGUCGGCGGUGCUGGUUGAUUGCGGAUGCAGAGGAAGGACCGGGAAGUCACGAGUACGUGAGGAUGAUCAAGGAAGAGGACGCAGGGACAGGCACCGUCGAAUUCGCCCUUCAGUACACGCCGUAUUACGAGCAGCUGCAAGACGCAUUCCAAGCCAUUUUGCACUCGCACGAUCAUCAGAAUCUUCAGCAGUUUCUCGUGCGUCAUCCGAGACACGUUGACGCCUUGCUGCAGAUGUCUGAGGUCUACCGCAUGCGAGGUCAAAAUGAGACUGCGACGGAGCUGACAAAGAAGGCUCUCUGUGUACUUCAAAAGAGCUUCCAUCCUGCGUUCUCGCCUUUCACCUACACCGCGGAAGGAUUGCCCCAGGUUGCCGUCGACACGCUGAAUCCGUUCAACAAGAACAUCAUCAAGUGCAUCGGUCUCUAUGGCGCGGCGCUGGCUGAUCAAGGGUGUUACAGAACUGCUCUUGAAGUGGCGAAACUCCUGGUGGCUAUGGAUCUCCCCAGGGACGCCUUCCACACUUUGCUGCACAUUGACUACCUUGCUCUCCGUUCCCGGCAAUGGCAGUUCCUCCUGCACUUUUCGCAGUCUUUCGUGGAGCAGCAUCUGGCGUAUGUGAUUCCCCUCGACCUCCCCUCGGAGCGAGAUUCUCAAGGUCGUGAGGAGGCGCAGCAGCCUCGGAAGGACGAAGAUUUAAAACUCGUAGACCUCGCGUUCAUGCUACCGAAUUUUGCAUUCUCUGUGGCGCUUGCCAUCGCCCUCCACGCCAACCAACGAGUAUGCUCGGAGGAUAUCAAGACGGUCACGGCGGAUGAACUCCUUGCUGUAUGCAUGUCUCCCACGGAGAGAUACACUGGAUAUGAGAGCCGAAUACACCACCUCCUGUUGAUGCGCGCCGUCCUCCUCUUCCCUGCCUUCGUCCGGAAGUUGCUGCAGAAGAUUGCCGUCAACGGAUCUCAGAAGGUAGCAGGCUCCCCGUACCCUUCUGUAACCUGGGAAGACCUUCUCUUCUCUGUUCCGUUGUGGGCCAGCUCCAGCUUCGCGCAUCACAGGUACUCCGACAUCCUGGUGCUCAUCCUCAAUUGCUACGUUCAAAAGGCUCACGACGUCUGGCGGGCGGAUGCCGUGCUGCGUUGGCUACAUGGCUGCACGGCGCAUCUCCGGCAUUUGUACAACUCCUCGCCACAGAUAAAGGAAUUCGCAAAGCGAUGGUCUCGCUCUUCCUUCCUCUUCGAUGUGAGCCGGUACAAGGACGUGCGGGUUUCGGAAUUCGAUCGGAUCCCAACGCUUCCGGCGUUUUUAAUGGACGCUAAUCUGACUGUGGCUGCCGCGGGAGCAAGGCAUCGAAACAGACGAGUGCAGUACGUCUCCAUGAACUCUAGUCCUAUCAUCGUCUUCCUCGAAACUCUUCUCCCGUGGACAGAGCUCGACCAGACGGGUCUAAGGGCAGAACCAAGGCAUGUUAGCGUCAUGGCAAGAUCGCUUCUUUCUGCUCUUUGCGAGGUAGCUACCGUUGCUUGGAAGGCAAUUCAACGGUUUGGACUUUUUAUCAAGGUCUGGCUCACAAAUGCCGGUUCUCGAGAUACCGCGCGUGCCCCAGCACGCAGUGAUGAGCCCCGAGUGGGGGACGCACCCGCAGUCCAGAAUUGAUUGUUGGCAAUGCACGACGGACGCGCGGUUCUAGGGCAUAAGUGUGUGUGUGGUCGUCAAGAAACAGGUCAAGUUGUGAGAAUGUGCUCGCGCUGUCUCACAAAAUCGUUUGAAAGAUUUCGACAUAUGUGGAGCAGCGUCUUAAAAAUAGACGAAUUGAACUAAACUGUAAACCCAAGUCCUGGGGUGUUUGUUAAUGGUUUCCUUUUUUUAAUUGUUGUGGAGAAGCUGCGUACGGGCUUGAGUUGUAUCUGAAAUCAUUUUUCAAUGUAGAGACGGAUUUCCCUGGAACAACGUAAUUCCAUACCCGGCAUGUCGUUAUACACGAUCUGCCCAUUGAGAGCAACGGUACCGCAUCCAGAGAUCUCCGCACCGGGAAGUCUGUUUCGAGAGACGACUGGCGAAAUCGGGUCUUAAUUCCGCUUGAGGGGACCAUCUACCUUUCUGCAACAUCUUGUCAGUUACAUGUGAUUGUGGCAAUACCGUACUGAACUCACGCGCGACGGGUCGCAGGAAGUCACACGAACUGCACUGCAUACGCCCCGUGCCGUAUGCUAACCUAAGAAAAGGAUGGGUGUUUUGGGCAAAGGCUGCCAAAAAAUGUGUGGAGUACCAGCCGCAACCUGUCCACAUCA